CAAUGACUGAACAGGAGCGCGCCGCGUCGGUGCUUGGGAAGAUGAAGAAGGGCCGGGGCGGUUCACUUGAGUCCUCUGGGACGCCUCAUCCGCACGCGGGUUCGAGCAGCUCAGCUCAGCAAUCCAGACCUGGGAGUCCGCCUCUGAUAAGACCCACGCCGAUCCGCCCUCAGACAGCCGGGUCCCAUCCCCGGGGGUAUGACCUCGACGGCGAGCUGUUCAUUCGGACGACCGAGGAUGCCUCCAUGGUUGAGCGUGAGCUCCUCGACGGACUGGUGGAGCGCGGCUACUACGACGACCUCCUCUCUCGGGACCUCGAGGCGCGCAACAACGCUGAUCCGGAAUCGCCUCACCAGCGCGCCGAGAGGGAGGCCAGGGAGCAUGCGCAGAGGGCUCCGCAGAGAAACGCGCAGUACAUGCAGGCAGCGGGGGAAACACUUUUUCACUUCGCGCAGCAUGGAUACCCGGGCCAGAGUAGGGGGCCUUAUCCGCCUGAGCCUCAUCCGUGGAUCGGUCGCACGGGACAGCACGGCGGCGCCGGGCAUGGGGCGGGAGCCCAACAUCAUCCCCGGGAUUAUGACCUCGACGGCGAGUUGCUCGAGCGUGACUUCGAGGCAUAUGAGCUUGAUUGAGUGGACGUAGCAUAAUCAUGGGGCAGUUACGAUAUCUCUGCGCCUGUCGUACGCGUCAUGUACAUUGUUGCGUCCAUAGUGGGAAUCGUAACGUGAAG